AUGGGUGAGUUCCGACCAUCCUCCGGCAAAACUUAUGAAUAUAGAGGUGGCCAGAAUCUGGAGAUUGUCAACGAAGAUACCGUAAAAACAGCUACCAACCUAUACAUUGGGCGGUCUCGUUCGCUAUUUGGCCCCGUAGGACCCCAUUUUAAAAAUUACAACAAUGUGAAGAUCAAGUCCUCUAGGAAGCCACCAUCUUCAUGGUGGAAUGGUCCUGAUGCGAAGAGAAAGAGGAGAACUGUUAAAUACAAGUAUUAUGCUGUGGAAGGGAAGGUGAGAUUUUCCAUUGAGAAAGGGUAUCAUUGGUUCAAAACCAAAUGGUCUAAGGCUGUUCAUGGGUUCUAG